AUGUUACCAGAUACCGAGGUUCCCUUAACCAAAGCUACUAGCUCACCUCAAGUAACUGGAAGCCACAUCAUUGCUGCGCGGAAUCGUCCCAACUUUGUGCGGUUGCUCAGAUUUGCACAGGAUGUAAGUUCUGCAAUGGAAGCCUCUAGAAAAUCACGCCUUGCUUUUGAGGCAGCUAAUAUCAGCUUGGGAGAAGCCCGAGGUGGAGAGGGCAUGUCUUCCAUUAAAACAGCUCUUGAUUUUAACUUUCAUGACGUGGAGGGACUACUACGUCUGUGUGUGAUCACUUCUGACUCUCGCCCUCCCUCCUUUGCAGUGGCUGUUGUGUACCUGCAAAAGCAAGUUAUCUCUAAGGGAAUGGUUUUGAGGGUUGGUCCAGUGGGAGUGGUAGAUCGAAAAUCAAGACUCCAGUUCUCGAAUCUGACAAUGGAGGAUUUGACAGAGACAGAGAUUGGGAGCUCUGUCGAGUCGUUUCAAAAGUUUGUGGAUUCGCAGAGAGAGCUUUUCCACAACCAAAUCGAUCAUCUUCAAAGAAUUGUUGUCACUCAAUGCAAAAUCACCGGCGUCAAUCCUCUUUCUCAAGAAAUGGCGGCUGGCGCUCUGUCGAUAAAAAUUGUACUGACAUCAUCAAUCGAUUUGGCAGGAAAAAGACCUAGAGAUUUGAUAAACCCUAAAGCUGUCAAGUAUAUGCAAGAAGUUUUCUCUAUUAAAGAUGCAAUCAGUAAGAAGGAAUCACGUGAGAUUAGUGCUCAAUUUGGUGCUACAGUCACACAGGUUCGAGAUUUUUUUGCCAGCCAACGUACUAGAGUGAGGAAACUGGUUCGGUUGUCAAGGGAGAAGGCUAUUAGGGUUAAUACACACAAGGAACCUCAACAUGGGGUCCCAACCACAUCUGAUGCUUUGAUGCCUAUUGAUGUGGUUCCCUUGAACUCUGUUGCCCCCAAUCCAGUUCCCCUAAACUCUGUCUGCUGCAAUCCAGCUCCCUUAAACUCUGUUAGCCCCAAUCCAUUUCACUUGAACUCUGUUGGCCCCAGUUCUGUUCCCUUAGAUUCUGUUAGCUCCAUUUCAGCUCCCUUAAGCUCUGUUAGCCCCAAUUCAUUUCACUUUAACUCUGUUGGUCCCAAUCCAGUUCCCAUAAUUUCUGUUAGCUCAAAUCCAGUUCCCUUAAACCUUGCAAGUCUGAAUCCAGUUCCCCUAGACUCUGUUGCCCAUGGUCCUGUUCCCUUAAACUCUGUUUGUCCUUCCGAAGUUGAUGAAGCACCCUCUUGCUCAACACAGAACGACAUGUUGCCUGGUUUAGAGUUAGACGAAUUAGACAAACAUUUUGUUGAGAAGAUUUUUGGUUUGUUGCGGAAAGAAGAAACAUUUACUGGGCAGGUGAAGCUCAUGGAAUGGAUCUUGCAAAUACAAACUCCUUCUGUUCUAAAUUGGUUUCUAAUUAAAGGUGGUGUCAUGAUUUUGGCAACAUGGUUAAGUCAAGCAGCUGCUGAAGAACAAACAAGCGUUCUUCUUGUCACCUUGAAUGUUUUCUGUCAUUUGCCCCUACAUAAAGCUCCUCCUGAACAUAUAUCAGACAUAUCAAACAGGGCCAGGGUUUUCUUAUCAAGAUGGAGCAAAAUUUUUGCAAAAAGUCGAGCAAUGAAAAAAUCCAAUGGCGUAAAUUCCUCUACAGAUGCACAGGACAUGAUUUUGAAGCAGAGGCAAGUUCAUUCGAUUACCUCGUAUGCUUGCAAUAUUUGUUCAAUCAAGUCUCAUCUUUUGGCUCUAAUUUUGUGCAGCAUUGAUGAAAUUAUGGGCAAUGAAUUAUGGCAGUCUGAUAUCGGUAAUCCUGAUGGUGUUCGUGCUUUCUCAUUGGAAAGUUCUGAAAAUAUCAGGAAAAUUGAGUCUUCACAAGCAUUGAAGCUGUUGCCAGCAUCAACAGAUGAUCCGAGCAGGAAGCAAAUCCUUGGUGCAUCUUCAUCCCAUACAAGAGAACGUAGAAAAGUUAAGCUUGUGGAACAGCCUGGCCAGAAAACAGCUGGCAGAAGCCCUCAGUCCACGAAAGCUGCCCCUGUUAGUCAAGGUCGCCCCAUGUCUGCUGAUGAUAUCCAAAAAGCAAAAAUGCGUGCUUUAUUCAUGCAGAACAAGCACGGGAAAACAGGUUCCUCAUCUAAUGGAAGUUCUGGUGUGAAAAAUGGAGGACUUAAUAAGCCUUCAAGUAUGUCCACUAGUUUGUCUCCAGUUUCUAAAGUUCAUAUUCGGCCAAAGAUAGAGGAAUAUAGGAAACUUGUGACGACUCCUUUCAAAGUUUCUUAUAAGAUUGAGGGUUCUCUUGAUCCGAAGACAGAAAUUGAUUCAAAGGAACCCAUGGGGGGAGUUUGUAUUAAAGUCCAGAUCCCAUGGCAGACUCCUCCAGAAAUAAAACUCAAUGCUCUCUGGAGAGUAGGCACUGGUGAAAAUAGCAAAGAAGUUGAUGUUCAGAAAAACAGAAACCGUAGAGAGAUAGGAACCUUCUAUCAGUCAGUCCAGGAGAUGCCAUCCAACCCCAAGGAACCAUGGGACCUCGAGAUGGACUAUGAUGACACGUUGACCCCAGAAAUUCCAAUUGAACAGCCACCUGAUGCCGAUGGUGCAGAAACACAGGUUUCCCAUACUGAACAUGCUAAUACAGUAGUUUCAUCAGCACCUUCCCUGCCUCAGGUUGGUGGAGGGAGUGCAACUGAACCAGAUCUUGAGUUGCUUGCUGUACUGCUGAAAAAUCCAGAAUUGGUUUUUGCUUUGACUUCUGGCCAAGCUGGCAAUUUAUCAAGUGAGGAAACCGUCAAGCUGCUUGAUAUGAUUAAGAUUGGAGGGGCUGGUUUGGCAGGUAGUUUAAAUGGGCUUGGCGGUAAAGUAGAGGAGAAGGUUGAAGUUUCUCUUCCAUCCCCAACUCCUUCGAGCAAUCCUGGAACGAGUGGAUGGAGAUCAGAAGUUUCCAGGAAUCCAUUUUCCCAGCAAGCGUCAAUGGGGAACAGAAUUGCACACACUGAUCAUGGAGCCCCCACCAGUCUUCCUUUAGCAGAAAAGCAUAAUACUAGCUUGGGGCAACAUCAAAAUCAAGCCACUAACAUCAGACUACCACAGCAGCAAGCUAGCUUCCCAUUACUAUCCCAACAUCGCCAAUUCUCAUUGCCUCAAACAAGUACCAUAGUACCUGAAAACCGACAACCUUCUAUAGUUCUCCCAUCUCACCAGAGUUAUCCCACCAAUUCUUCAAUGUUACAGACGCCAUCCUCAGAAAUGGUUUUAGCCAUGAAAAGUUUACCCGUUAACACCCCUUCCUUACCAAACCUUUCAGCUGCAAUUGGGCCUUCAAUGUGGGUUGAAACCAUGAACAACAUAAAACCAGCUCCAUCCAUUUCUUCCACGUCAAAUCCAGCGGAGAGACGUCCAGUUUCAUUUCCACUAUCAAUAGCUGCAGUACCAACAGCAACACAGUUACAGUCACAACCAGCCCAUAUAAAUGAACCUCCGAUUGUAUACUCCUCACGGCCACAUACUGGCGAUAUAGGUCCAGUGCCUGAUUCCUGGAGAGUUAGACAUGGUGUAGUUUCAAAUUCCCCUUCUCAAGUUAAUCAAACUAACUAUGUUCCGUCAUAUGGAGGGCCUGUGCAUCAACAGUUGUGGUCAGGUCCUCCUUGGGAAAGAAACGAAUAUGGGGGUGAUGAGGGUUUUGAGUCUUGGAGUCCGGAGAACAGACGAUUUGAAUCACAAGAGUAUGUGUCAGGAAGAAACCAUUCAGGACCCAGAACGAAUUCUGGAUGGGAUUAUAUGCCUAAUGAUAGGUCCAGGCAACGGAAUUCUUCUGGAAGGUGGCAUUUUGGCCAUUCUCAUGCCCAUGGAUCUGAUCACCACCACCACCACCGCCGCCGCCAAUCUUCUUCUGGUCAGCAAGGUGAAAACAUAUUCCGUUUGGGCCUUGCCGCCGAUAUUGGCUUGGCUACUGGAAAGGCUUUCACUGGCUAUUUAUCUGGAAGCACUGCCAUCAUCGCCGACGCCGCCCAUUCUGUCUCUGACGUGGUGCUUAGUGGGAUUGCGUUGUGGUCUUUUAAAGCUGGGAUGGCUCCUAAAGAUAAAGAACACCCUUAUGGGCAUGGCAAGUUUGAAACUCUUGGAGCCCUUGGAAUAUCUUGCAUGCUCUUAGCAACUGCUGGUGGUAUUGCUUGGCAUGCAUUAGAUCUUUUACAUGGGCUGCUGACUGCUGUUCCCGAGGUGGCAAACCAUUCAUUGCCCCAUGCGCAUGUGCAUAAUCAUCAUCAAGGUGGGCAUCAUCAUGGGAUGGACAUGGAUCAUCCCAUCCUUGCAUUGAGUAUGACCAUUGUGUCAAUAUCUGUUAAAGAAGGGCUUUACUGGAUAACAAAACGAGCUGGGGAAAGGCAAGGGAGUGGAUUAAUGAAAGCAAAUGCUUGGCACCAUCGUGCAGAUGCCAUUUCAUCUAUUGUUGCUCUUAUUGGGGUUGGAGGGGCUAUUCUUGGAGUUAAGUUUCUGGAUCCUCUUGCUGGACUUGUUGUCUCGGGUAUGAUACUUAAAGCUGGAUUUGAAUCAGGGUACCAGAGUGUCUUGGAACUGGUAGAUGCUGCUAUCCCAGCAGAAGGUCUGGAUCCUAUAAAGCAAACAAUACUACAAGUUCAGGGAGUCCAGGGAUGUCAUCGCUUGAGAGGGAGGAGGGCUGGCUCAUAUCUAUACCUUGAUGUACAUAUUGUGGUUGAUCCUUUUCUUAGCGUUAGUGCUGGUCAUGGAAUUGGUGAAAAUGUUCGCCAGGAAAUUCACAAGUCCCAUCCAGAAGUAGCUGAAGUUUUUAUACACAUAGAUCCUGCCUGUUUUCACUUUUCUCCAACUAUGAUGGACCAAGAAGAAAAUUUGACGGGAAAUGCAAAUCAGAAUAGAAGCAUUUCUUUGGAUGACAGGGACAUUGAGUUGAUCAUUUCCGAUAUUUUCUCAUUAAAAUUCCAAGAGAAAAUAGAGGUUGAGCGUAUAACUCGCCACUUUCUGCAAGGCAAUAUAUUACUCCAAGUAGAAAUUUCCAUGCCUCCCAGCAUCUUGAUUCGGGAUGCAAUGGAACUGGCUGGAGAAGCAGAGAAGGAAAUCUUGAAGGCUGCCUCUGGUAUAAUUCAAGUUACUUUUCUUCUAAGAUUGGGACGUCCCAUCCCCAAGUUUGUCAAGGAAUAG